AGCGGCUCUCAGCGGCUCUCAGCGGCUCUCAGCGGCUCUCAGCGGCUCUCAGCCGGUAUCUGGUUCAUGACAUAAGCCACCGACUUAAUGUUCCGCGCUAGAGCAACUCCUACCUCGGAAGACCGCCAAGUUUCCCUCCGUCCGAACACUGUCACUUUCGUCCCGGCAGUCCGGCACAAAACAACGUUCCCGCUGUCGCAGCGACAUCGACCCGGCGCCGAUCGCAUCGAUCGUGGCAAAGGCACGUUCCCGGGGACCUCCGCUUUCGGAAGAACCCAAAUACCGGAUAAUUACGUCGAGGGAAUCGGACUCAUUUGAAAAUUAGCGGGGCGAGCGCAGCGUCUGGUCCAGUCCCGGGGGUGAAACGGAAAGUGCUCGACUCCUUUGGCCGGAAUACCGCUUCAAGAGGAACUCGGUUUGGGAACAUAUCCCAAAAUGGAGCGGAAAAAGUGGAGUUGGACGUUGAAAUAAGCAACGGGCAAAUUUCGUAGACCGUGCGAGGAUGCUCCGCGGACGAAAGCGAACUGCCAAAUACUCGGAGUGACCGAUGCACCCUGCCUUCGGACGUUUGCGGUAACGAAACGGAGCCAAUGCCCCAAAAGUGACGUCUUUAAGAAGAAUCUAGUAAAGAAGAAUUGUACCCAAGGAACGAGAACGGUCUGAAAAAUAAGUGUACGGAAACAUCCUACUCUCACGAAAUUCGCAACCAAAUUGCGGGGAUACGAAGUGCAAGUUGUAACGAUUCUCCCUCGUUAUUUCCAACGAGAAGCACGAUUGACCACCUGGCCAUUUGGAAGACCUCAGGCCGCUUGAAAAAGAAAAAUUGAAAUUUAAGCCGAAGCCAGUUUAGCAGGAAAUUCGACCGUGUAAGCAUUUCUUAGUCUUCGGAUUCGUGCUCGGACGGUGCAUCGAAAGUGGGUCGGCCGAUGGAAAGUGAACGAUGCGAUUUGCGGCAAGGUGUUGAGAGAAAAACGCAUGGGAAAGCGUUUGCAAGAAACUCCGAGGACACCUUUCCAGUCAAGGAAACCGUUUAAAAUAAUGUCCAACUUUUGAGAUUCGUCCGUCGAUUUUGGAAACGAAUCGUUGUAGCUUUAUAAAGGAACCGGAACGCGGUCUCGUAUUCGAGGUAUUCGGGUGGACCCUGCCGCGUAGUGGCAAUGUGUCAAGGUCCGUGAUGUCGGAUAAUGCGGGAAGAGGAAAUUUCAUUGCUCGCCCAUUGUUCGAGGUGUGUACAUCCAUUGGCUGUUCGACCACGGCGAGCCCCCGCGAAGAGAGCUCCAAGUUGAACCUCGCCUUCGGGAAGAUUCUCCCAUCGGCUCAAAAGUACCGAUCUAUUCUGAAUCGGUUUGAAGAAGUGAAUUUCUGUGUACCCGGUUAACGGAGAAAGAGUCAUCGAGCAACUUCUCUUCGACAGCUCCUACGUGGCGUAAUGAAGUCGGGGAUGAAGAAAUCAAUUUGAAUGAAAAGUCAUGAAUUGAAGGAGACGUACGUUCGGACGAUUGAAGUUCAAUAAAUAUAGAUAAAGGUAAGCGCGGAUUGCGAAGUGCCGAGAGAUUCCAAAAAGAUGCUGCCCAUCUCCACCUGGAUAUCGACACUUUUGAUGGAGGGUGACCGGAACUUCAGUGGUCAAGAAAGGUACAACAUGGCCACUUUCAUGUUGCUCUUUCUCUUGAUCACUAUAGAAGUUGUUGUGAUGAAAGUCGUGGCCUCGGAUUCCGAGAGAGACGAUUCAAAUCUUCCUGGUCCAAGAUCAACUGCGAUAUUUUUUGACCGGGAAGACCAAUGACAUCGGAAGAUCAAAAUGCGACGAAUUCGUCUCGAAGAGAGACGACUUCGAAUCGGAAAGUGAAAAAGGACAUCUUGGACAAGAGCCAGUGCACCUGUUGUCUGAAACCAUUUCUAAUCGGCCAAGGCAUCGAGUGCAACGAUUGCGGCCUUAGAUCCUGUCGGAAGGCUUGUUCGCGUAGGGACUCGUCGAACAACUGGCGCUGCCUUUUUUGUCACCAACGAAGGGUGUGGUUAAGCAAAAACCAAAGGUUGUUGGGAACACUCGACGGUGCAGGUGUUAUCGACGAGCCUCGCCAAAUUCCUAGCACGGCCAAAUCGCAAGUUUACGUUACAGGAACCAAGUAUGAGGACGUUAGCCCAGGUCGCGGGGUGGCAACGGGAGGUGAAGAAGAGGGGCACCCGGUGGAAACGGUUCGGGAUUUCGUUGAAAACAUAGUCGAAGGCCUAAUCGCGAACGUUGAGGACAUCCCGAUCGAUCGACCGUACGAGCAUUCUGCCUACAAACCAGCCCGAGACACGCCGACAAUGGCACACACCGCCCUGCGCGAACUGGUCGAACGUGCCGUCGAUGAAGCCCGAAAGUUGCCAGGAUUGGGUGGACAAUCGACUUCCGAAAGCAUAUCCGAGAGCCAGGAUAUUCCGGAAGAGAGCUACGAGGGACUUCUCGCUACUGCCAUAUUGAACAAGGUUAUCGAGAAGUACCAAAACGAACAUGUCGACGGCAAUAGCAACGUUCUCCACGGAAAAUCUUCGCCAAAAUCCAAAUUAAUAAAAAGUGAAGUCGAGAUAGGACUCGACGAAGGAGUAGAAGAAGGCAGCAGUAGUUUGGAACCAUUGUCCCAGGACGAAUACAGCAGUGACUGCAGCGUUCCACCGAUCAAACGCGUUCGAAAUCGUCAGGAACCUCUGUCACUUACGAUAGAGGAGCGAAUCGAGGAAGUGACGACGUACUCGUCCGAAGAAGAUCGAGAGAACGGCGAAAGUAACGGGCUGGACUUCCGGAACGCUCGACGUGUACCGUUUCCGGAAUUGGGAAUGGACAUCGUAGACCCAUCGCAGGACUCAUCCGAGGACGAACUGAUUUCCGCUCACGUCGAUCUUGUUACCCCAGUGGAAUCGUGGGAGGAAAAUUGGCUCUUCCAGAGAAGAAAGAUUCAGACUCAGUCGGAGUCUGUGGCGAUGUUGGUGCCCAACCCGAGCGCCGAUUUCAAGGCUCUGAUUGGCGACAAGGACGCCGAAGAUACGUCGGACCUUUCCGAGAUCUCGGCUCAAUCCGACGAAGAAAUCGAAGAAGAACUCCUAGAGGCAAUUAACAACGUUGUUCCCAGAGCACCGACCGAUCACCCGAAGAGGGCAAGAUGCAAAAGUAGUACUUCUAAAAAUGUGAGAAAUGCCCCAAAUCGAGAUUCCGGUCUGAAACAACGCGAUGGACGAGCAUCACCGAGAAAGCAUCGAGAGAACAUUAAUUCCGAAUGGAAAGGAAAGUCCAAUGGAGCUUCGAAGGAUCCAGGGGAAAAGGAAUCCAAGAAGGUAGACAGCACCGUUGCGCAAAAAGCAAGGAAAAAUCAAGACCUUACGGAAGAAGCGGAUACCGAAAUUGGUAUUAAAAUCGAUGUUGGAAAUCGAAACGGCCGAGACAAAGCCAAUGUUGCCGCGAUGGUGCACCCCGAAGUCGGUGAGGAAAUCGGUACAGGAAAUCGUGCAAAGGGAAAUGUAAAUGUGUCAGAAAACGCUUGCAAGGUAUACCAAGGAACGAACGAAAGCCUCAGCGAGGUCGGGAUUAAUCGAUCGUCCCGAAGAAGCCCGUCCACUGCAGACGAGGCAAAAGUUUCAGUCACUUCGUCGCAAAGUUUCGACAUGGAAUCGGCAACAACCGCUUUAGGAGAGAGCAACGUCGCGAAAACCGAAGUUAAACUCGAAAUUUCGGAAACGGUGGAACAGUUCGGAACAGAGGUGAAGAUCAAUUCCGACAUUCCCACGAUCGUGGAGGAAUCGUUGGAGGGCGUAAACGAGUCGCAAAGGGAGAUAAAACCGUCCGAUGACGUCGAACCUUCACCUGGAGAAGGAGCGGAAGAUAUCGAUGUACCGAAAACGCCCUUGUCCACCCCUGUGAGGAAUUCUUUGUCGGAAGAAACUUCGGAACGUAACUUACCUUGCGAUUUUCGAGCCUUGAACGAAAAAUUGUCGUCCAUUGACAGUGGAAAUUUACAAGACCCCGUCGAGGAUACGAAAGAAAAUCCUUCCGGGGACUCGGAAGAAAAUUUCCUGGGGGAAAGUUCAUCCAACGGUAUCGAAAAUAAAGAAGAAAACUCUGCAGAGGGUGUAGAAGAAAAUGUGCCACUAGAGAAUGGAGGAAACAACGUUGAAACUACGGAAGGAAGGCCUGUUAAGUACGCCGUUAAACACGUGCCGGAGGAAAAUGGAAGUAGUUCGUCAAUAGAUGGGGUCGAUAUCAAAGAUGAAGCCACCGUCUCGGAAUCGACACACGAGAGCAAAAAGAUCGAUCUCCAAAACGAAGAAGGUGUUCAACGAGAAAGCGAGUACACGGAACAUUACGAUAUCGCGACUCAAAGACGCAUGGAUAGUUUAACGAAAACAUCGGAUCGGGAGGUGGAAGAUACGAACGAGGUCAGCAACUGCAACGAAGGGCCAACUUUGGAGGACGGUUCACGGGGAGAAAAUAAUACCGGACAAUGCCGAGAAGCCACGCUGUUGGCUUCGUCGUCCAUAGAGAAGGAAGUCGAUGUAGGCAUCGAAUUAGCGGCACCACCUCGGCCUGGCACGAUCGCCGAGAGGGAACACAAAAAAUGGGAAAACGCGCCUCCCAUUGAAAACAACCCAUACAGCGAGGAAAACAUCCAAAAGAGGCUCUGGGAACGACGGUACGCCGUUAAGUCCUCCGAAGUUUCCGGGAACCACAAUGACACGCCGAAGAAUUCCACCGCUCCCCUUCAAAUCGUCCUCGGUGGCAAUCAACAGGAUUAUAAAAGAUUCGGACGAGAUUACUACAUCAACGAUGCGAACGCCACGACCGGCCAGAAGUCCGAAAAGUCGGCAAUGGCGAGCUUCGCCAGACCUGGGAGCUCGCUGUCUCAACAAUCGAGUUUGUCAGGCAGCGACCCGGAACAGCAGGAACAACGUCAACCCCUCGAUUCCGAGUUGAACGGGUCCAUCGAUGUCAAGCCCAACGAUGUCAAAUCCCAAGUUGCGAAGUGGCAGCAAAACAACGAUCUCGGUCAGCUUCGGAAGGACAUUCAGAGGCAGACGAUCGCGGCUCGAUCCUGCGAAAACAUUGACUCGAAGGACGAAAACGAGUACACGGGGGUCGACUCGAUGUCCUCGGAGAAAUCCUGGAAGAACGAACAAGUCGAAGAAAUCUUGGAGCACGAAAGGAAAAACAAGAAAAACGAGAUAAAUGCGAGGCUAAACAAUAGAGACAGCUUCGACAGCUCCGCGUUGGAAGGUAAAGGGCCACGUUCUUCCGAUCAAUUUCAGAGAAAGAUCCACCGCAUCGAUCUAAAGGCCUAUGGCUUCGAAAACGAGAUCAGCGCGAAAAAAGGGUCCGCCGCCGACGAAAAAGUGCAGAGAGUCGUCAACAAGCUGGACUUGAAGUCUUUCGGCUACGAGCGCGGGCUUCGCAGAGCCAGCUCGAUCAAUGAAAUUGAAUCCGACUUUGAAGCCGAUGACAAGCCGAGAAUCCUCAAGAUAAAAACCAAGUCUAACUUGACGCGACGGGCGUACUUUGAAAAGUCGAGGUCCAAGAGCUCCCAGGAUUUGGUCAGGUGCGGUGCUUCCGGGGACCACGAUGUCAACGAGGCUUUCGAUUACUCGAAGGAGAAGGGUAUAAUGGACAAACUUGACUACCAGAAAGGCUCGGGACUGUCUUCCGCCAAGUCGGUACCCAACGUGUCCAUGAACGAAUUUUACAGUCGGACAUCGGGAAAGCUCAGCGAAGAAGAUGACCCGGAUGAUUCGGAUUCGCUGGGGCGUUCGAAGGACGAGGAGGGAUCUUCCGUUGACGGCGACGGCAAAAAACCUCUUAAGGAAUCAAAAGCCGAAUUAGAGAAUUUGCCAAUGCCUUCGGUUAGAAGACUAGCCGAAGCUUUCAACAAAACGCCCGAAGCAAGGCCAAUACCUGCCCCAAGGAUUUCCAGGUCACUGGGGAACAUUCAGAAGGAAAGGUCAACCACCCCUGAGAUAACGUUGAUAGAGACUCCGAGGCAAAUGCACAGCCUAACGGCGAGAUCUCUGUCAAAGGAAUUUCGAGAGGGGUUAAAGCAAAUACCGCAUAAAGUAACAUCACCUCCUGCCAGUCACGUUUUUGUCGAUCAAUUAAAACUUGGCGAAAACAAGCAGGAACCGGUGCAAUCCGAAUUGGGCAAUACGACCGACAACAUUAGCGUCAUUGUACCGGGCAAACUCAAGAGUAACAUACAAUUCUGGGAACAAUUGCAUAAACAAAGCUAAAGUCUUCUUUCGGCACACGUGCGGAAAACGUGAUAAACAAAUUAUUAUCGAACUGGAGAGCGAUUACCUUGGGGAAAUUCAUCCCAACGUAUGGAUCCACGUAUGGUCCAUGUAUUUAUUGCAAAUGAAUUUAUAUUCUUGUCAUUACGGGCUUGGUGACGCAACUUUUUGUACAGUUCUGUAAAGUACACUUUUACUCGUUAUGUAGACAUCGGCAAGAAACUUAAUCGACGUUCGCAAUUUUUAAUAAAACUGUUCAUUCGCGCGGUCCUUUUUUUCGUGAAGGAAUAUACAUAUUUGUUCAUUGCGCGUCUUUCAUAAGUAGAAAAGUAUAAGUAGACUAAAGAUACGCGCAAUAUUUACCGCAAAUAAACAAGUGAUCUCGUCUGUGGGCAUAAUGUUUAGUAAUGAAUCUAAUGCAUAAUGCAUGCCGGGAUUUUAAUUUGAGAAUAAUGCUCACAUUUAAAAAAUUAAAAAACCAUGAUGUAGAAAUAAAGACCGAGUUAAUGUUUGACGUGGUUAACUUAUAAAGUACUUUGUGUAAGAGUAUUGUUUUCGGAGGCCGUAACAAGUAUUAUUUUUAAUUGGAAACGAAGCUCUUGCUAAUAAGAAAUUGAAAUGUGGAGAUUUGAUUCGAUCGUUUGCCAUAUUAGCCCACACCGCGUGAUUAAUUAAUAUUUAAGACGUGCUCCGUAUUUUACCAUGCUUGUACAUCGCAUUUGGUCGACUCGUACUCGACGAAACAUUAUACAAGCAUAUGCUGCGGAAAGCAACUGGAAUUAUCUUGUAAAUAUUGUAGAAGCUAACCGCAUGUUUAUAAGGUUUCUGCUCUUGCAUACCGCAAGAGUACGCUAACGGAAAAUUAUUUAUUGGAAUAAUAUUACGUAUAAUUUGAACUAGCACGCGAUUGCAGUAAAUAUUCUGCUUCUAUCAACUCGCUAAUUAAAGAGGGAACUUUAUGUUAGUGCCAAAGGACGUAAAAGCGACGUUAUCCAAAGAAGAUAUUCUAAGUGACCAAUUCUUCUUCGGUCUAAGUAAGAUACAUAGUUUGUAAUAUUGCAAUUCCAGUUUAAUUCUCGUUCUUAUUUUAUUGUAUUUUUGUGUUCCCCACUUCGUACUUUAACAAUUGACCAGGACUUCCUGUAGAAUAAAUACUAUUAUUCAACAUUCUUAAGAAAAAAAGAACUCGCAAUUAUACGAAAUAAAGCUGCGGGUUGAAAUAUGGAUGUAUCAAAAAAGACAAAUACUGACACAUUAAAAAUGACUAAAAUGCUAACGUUUUACAAACCUACUUUUCUCAACGAAUGUUUAGGUAUGACAGAGUAUUCCAUGAUUUCCAAUUGAAGUUUCUAUGAAUAACAGUAAUUUAUAAUAAUAUGUACUUUAUGAUCA